AUGGAGAACUCCCGGAAGCGCAAGCGCGAGGCUCUUGAUGCCGAAAAAUACAAACAUACUCAUCAAGCCCCAUUGGGAUAUGGCGGCGAAGAUGACGAAGGCGAUGAGGAAGGAAAAGAACAGGCCUAUGAAGGGCCCGCUGAAUGCUUACAAGCCAUUCACAGUGCAUUCAAGUCAGCUCCACAUGUUAGCUUCAUCGGACAAUAUGAACUUGAUCUCGAUCCCUUGAAAACUGCGAAAGAGGAAGUCCGUAUGGUGUCACAUGAGAUAUGGCAAGCAAGCGGCUACAAAUUUCGAGUCCACGAUAAUCCCAAAAUAGCAACUGGAUACAAAACUCGGUACUGGUGUUGUCAGGACGAAGGCCGGCGCCAGCGAUCAAGGCCAAGCCAGCGAGAGGGAGCCGUACCUCGAGACAAUGUCGGCAUGAAGCGCUUUGCCUGUCGAAGUCGGCUUAUUAUUGCAUGCAAGCUGGCUGCUCCCAAAGGCGGUGUAUCCUUGAAGCGGACAAUCAGAAUUGCGAUUGAACAUCACACUGUGCAUGUACUGUACUAUGAUGUCUCUGUCCCUGCAGAGGCGCUGGACAUGGUGCGUGAAAACCUUGACAACGCAACACCAAACGAGCUUGUCGGCCGGAUUCAAGCACUGUUCCCACAAGUGACAGCCAAUCAAAUCCAUACUGCCUGGACUGUGAUGAGCGAAGAAUUAUGGAAGCGGGACGAUCAGCAACUUACCUCCGCCAAGCUUCUUAUGGAAGAUCUAUCAGAUGACGUUGAGAUGUUCAAUGUUGUUAUAGAAGAUGGCAUAGAGCAAAUUUGCUGGGGUAUGAAACAGAUUGCACGGCCACUGAUAGGAAAGGUGGUUGAAGUGGGAUUAGAUGCAACUUUCGAAACAAACUCAAGGCACCUAGAGUUAUACAGCGUGCUAGCCGAGUUUGACAAUGCAGGCUUUCUGUUGUCAUACUGUUUGUUAUCAACAGCAUCAGCCAUUGAAAUCGGCAAGCGGACACGAGCACUUACAAGGUGGACAACUAUGCUUCGGGACAGAUAUUGCCUCAACCCCGAAUUCGUUCACGUGGAUAAGGAUAUGGCGGAGAUUUCGAUGUCAAGAACAGUUUGGGCAUCGGCGAAGAUCCAGUUAUGCUGGUGGCACCUUCGAAAGGCAUUGCGUGAGCGGUUAUCACGAGCAAAACUUACUACAACACCGUACAAUGUCGAGAAAGCAGUUGGCGAGUUCACGUUCAUUGAUCGAGGAUUCAUUCCGUUUGGAAGGACCGACUCCGGGGAGCAUGAAGGAGGGCAGGUGGAUUCAGAUACGGUUGAGAUGGAGAUGUCCACGCAGGAGAAUCCAAAUGCAGUGUAUCUGCGAAUCACAAAGGCACAAAGAUUGCCUGCACGGGUACUUCCUGAAACGGCUACUGCUAGCGAGAAUGCCAACGAUGACCACAGUUGUCGCAUCUUCUGUCCCGACGACCUUCGGGUACAACUUGUAGACAUGGUUGAACUCCACUUCUGUGCGCACCCUCUCAUUCCUGGAUAUGCAGCACCGUCAGCACCAGGAAUACGCCACUGGGCAGUCAAACAAAUGUAUGACUUCUGCGUAGCCAAUGACUUGCGUGAGGCAUGGGCAUACUUGUGGGAGAACUGGUAUCGAAAGGGUCGCUGGGAGCUCUGGGCUCGAUGUGAGUACGAGCGAAUCCCAAGGCUCAAGACUACAAUGAUUCUGGAAAGCCACUGGCGGCGGAUUAAGAAAGACUUUUUGCACCAUUUUCAUAAGCCGCGUGUUGACCUUCUUGUCUGGAUUCUUGUGACGAAAAUGGCCCCAGCCUAUUAUCGUAAACUCGACUUGGCCACAAGGGACAUAGGUCGCUUCCGAGAGUUGCCUUCCUGGAGAAAAGCGUUCAAAAGGGACUGGAAGCGAGCCUUGAAAAAACCCAUUACUGUUCCACUCAACAUCAAAUAUAGACCGGACACGUACCGUUGGGUUUGCACCUGUCCACACUUCAGCAAAAGCCGGUUCCUUCUUUGUAAACAUCUGGUCCAAGCAGCACCGCCUGUCGAACCCAUAUUCUUCCUUGAGGUGAUCCGAAACCGUACCACUCCGUUCUGGACCCAUGUCUCCCUCCAGCCGAUGACAGACGAAACAAAGCCGGGCGUAAAACAGCCAGCCCAGCAGCCUUGCGAAGAUGUUGAUUCGUCAGACGAAAGCGAAAGCGACGAGGGGGCCUGCCAUCAACUGUUUGUUGCCUUCGAGGACCAAAUGAAGAAAAGGAUUGACUUACUUCGGGACUUUGCGUAUGGGCUAGAAUACCAGAUUCAGUUCCGGGACCAUCGAUUCCUACAAACGGUGGAGAGGCAAGGUGGUGCACUGUUUAGAUUGGCCGAGGCUUGUCAAGGUUCCUAUUCGCCGACUGCUAGCUCUUCGCCUAAUGUGACAUCAUCCGCGUCCCUGCACAGCCUCAAUGCGGCGAGAGCCCUUGUCCUCGAGUACGAAGAGAGUUUCUCCAAAGCGGAGCAGGCAAGAGAUGAGGCAGAGGCUCAAAGACGGAUGAUGUUGGGUCACUGGCAGCAACUGGAGCGAUACCUCCAGGGUCUUGAGUUUCACGCCUCAGACGCUAGAGCCGGGUUCGCUAGGAUCUUGCUCGCUAUUCUCAUCUUCGUCUACGAUGGGGCCUCCGUCUACCAAGGGCCCACACCGAAACAAUUCUACCGGCUCGAUGGCAUCGACAAGCAAUCGUACUACCCAUUAUCCCUUAUCGUCACUACCUCUUCCUCCCCAGGUAGCCGGGUCAGAAAUCGCGAUAGCAGUAUGGAUGAAGCUUCUCAGCCACCUCCGAAGAAACCUCGAAUUGUUUACGCUGAACCGUCUAAUUCCCCUCAUCUCUCGAACGCACAGUACGCCCAACAACAAUCUUAUGGCACGCCGACUCUUCACGCUAUUUCACGCAAAGACGCGAUGCAUGUCCAGUACGUAGAUCAGCAUGGACAACCAAUUGCGCCAUCAAAACAUGAAUAUCCUUCUCCGUAUCCCCCUCCCCACACGAUCCAGGCCCGCUUGAUCAACGAUAGAUAUGGCGCCUCACUGAACCUUCACCACCCUCGCUCACGUUCUCGCUCGCGUUCCUCUAGCGCGGAAUCGGAAAACAUCGACGAACUUCUCCUAGCUGCUACAGACGACGGAAAUCAGCCGCAAUUCCCUCAUGGGAAUCCAAAUCAUCCUAACCCACCACAUCAGCAGCCACGCUCGAAUGGUCAAGUUGUGAAUGGUAUCCACCAUCACGGACAUCACCCUGCGACCCAUAGUCCUAACGCGCCGCCAUAUCAGCCACAUCAUCCAUCCCUUUUACCCCAACCAGGCCAGGUCCAAACGUAUCAGACGCACGUCUUCGCGCCGGUGGUGACGGGCGCUCCGGUGAAGAAGAGCAAGUUCGGCGCCAGUGGAAGUUCGAGCAAUCUAACAGCGAAUGGCUCCCAAAGCCAGGGCGACGUAAACGGCGUACAGUCGGCCCCUCCCCCACCUUCGUUUCCGCCGGCGAAUGCUCAGGGUCAACGCAUAUGCAGACAGUGCGGGUUGCCUGGUCGGUACAAAGAGGGAAAGUGUGUUGAGAAAUGGGGACCAGGGCCUGAAGGCCCAGGCACCGUAUGCGAUAGGUGGGUGAUGAUGUUGGCCAUAAGAUCAUUGCUUCGGCCGUCAGAACACAUCGCCCGCUCAGCUCGCAAAGUGCGUUCGACUUCAGACGGCCAGAAGGCGGCUUCUACGUUCGUGAGUGCGUGA